AUGUCAAUGGUUGCUAAACUUAAGUAAGCCACCAUUGAGAUGGGUCCUCAGCCUAUAAAGUACUCUAAAUUCUCAAAAAUUUAAGCUAAUCAGCUACUAAAAAUUAUCCCUGAUGAAAUGCAUGAGAAAUUCAACAUUCGAAGUGAGGCCAUUGAUGAGAAUAAAGUAGUAGGGGCAUCAGAUGAGGAGCUUUCUUUGAACUGUCUCAUUGUUAGCACUGAUAUUACUUUCGAAAUUUGGCUCCUUAAGCCUUCAUCACUUCUUAACUCCAAUGUUGAGUUAGAUUGCAUUUACAGAAAAAAAGAAGAAGGGAUUGAGCAAAUAGAUAUCCUUCACUUGAAUGAGUGUCAAAAACAUAAUUAAAACAAAAAUAAUCAGUUCCCUCAAUUUUAGCAAUGGAAUAUUGAUGAACCACGAAAAAGUUUCGAUUCUAAGGAGGAUAAUAUUAACCAAAGAAAUUAUGACGUCAGAAAUAAGAAUCUAGACGCUGAUUAUCGAGAAGAUAUGUUUAAAGUGGAAGAAGAGGGUGUUUAUGAUAACAUGACUCCUUUAGUGGCAUACACAACCAUUUAAAACUAAUCCAUGUUAAAAAUAUACUCUCUCAAAUGCGAUAGAAGUCUUCACGUGUUAAGAUUUAACAGUCCAAUUACUAAAUUCCAGUCUAGUUAAAACUCUUAAACUAAUCAGUUAAUAGUACUAUUGCAGGAGGGGUUACUAAAAAUAUUUAAUUUGAAAACACUAGAGUAAGAAAUAAGCCUGAAAACUUUCAAUUUAAAUCCUCAAAGUAACUUGAAUUCUCAAGCUCUCUACGAAUCUCAACUAUUAACUGCUUCACUAUCACAAGACUUCGAAGUAAGUCAUAAUCUUUUCGCUUAUAUCUACAAUGAAAUAAACGAGACAGAUUUUGUAUAAGAAAUCAACAAAAAUGUAGACUAAUCACUGCUUGGUAACUAUUUUUUGACCAAAGAAGCAACGAAGUAACUGAUUUAAUUGGGUCAAGCAUCGAUAAAUAAAGUGGUGAAUUUGAUGAAUGUUUAGAAAGCAAUGACUAUAGAUAAUAACAAACUUCAAUAAUUAGCUUAAAAUUAAGGAAUCAAAUAGAAUUUUUGUAAUUGCAAAGGUUCAGUAAGUAAAGCCUUGCCUCCCAUAGGCUAAAAUAACAAUGUAUCUUACAGAUCUUAAAACUCAAAUCAUAACAAAACUCAAGGCUUAGAGGUUUUAUCGGGCAAUAAUUAACCUCUUCUGGAGGUUAAUUACCCAGUGAGAAGAUCAAGGGUAAACUCUGAUUAAAUUCAAGAAGACCCUUCUCUCAAGCCCCUCUAGCAUAAAUCAGUUAUCAACAAGGAGAAUAUUUUUUCAGUGAGGGUAAGAGACCUUCAAGAUUCAACUCUCUUUUUUGAAAUUUAGCCGCCAUUUUUUAAAAACAUAUCUUUGGUAAGAUUUUCGCCAUCUGGAAGAUAUCUUUUGGUUGGCAAUGAGAAUUCUCAAUAUUUCUACAUUUACGAGAUACUCCCUCAAUAAAACUAGAGAUUCAUGAAGUGUGAUAAUCUAUGUCACUACGAGCGUGUCAGACUUGUGUAUUCACUCUUCAGAGGAUACACAUCUGCCAUGGUCACAGAUGUCUAAUUUGUCAAUCUCUCGUUGAAUUUUUCAGAUCUUGAGUAGAUCCUCAUCAUCAAUAGUUCAAAUGGAACUUCUCAUAUUUAUCAUCUUAAUAAUCCUUCCUAAGUAAAUGAAACACCUAUUUAGAAGAAGAUUUAAGAUGACAAGAACCAUAACAAUAUAAUCUAGCUUAUUCCUGUCUCUAGGUUUAAAUAUAAAUCUCUUAUAAAGUAAGGGGAAAUCAGAAUUGUGUCAUUGAUUUCUUAAAGAUAAAAUUAGGAAAGCAACAAUCAUAAAUCAUCAGAAAGCAAAGAUUUAAACUUUAGAAUUUUAACUUUUACCAGCAAAAAUGAAUUCUAUGUCAUCAAUGCUAAAACUAAUAGAGUUCAAUAAGAGCAACGAACAGCAGAAUUGAACGACUCUGGCAUUUAAAUCAAUGAUUAACUGUCGGAUGAUGAAAUAGUUCUGAAUCCUAGUUAGAAAAAUUUCUAAUCAAGUAUAGAUCUUAAAACUCUAGAAACUUUUCAGCUAAACAUAAAUUCAUAAUCCUUCAAUAAAGUGAACAAAGCUUUCAUUACACCUAUAAUAGUGAAAUAUAUUUAAGAAUAGAGAAGCAUUACUAAAAAUAGUAAUCCUUUAAUUAAGAAUAACUCAAAUACCAAAAAUCCAUAUUUAGAGCAAGUAGAGAAUAAUACCUUUUACUAGCAAAUGUAAAUAAUGAUGAGCCUUAAUCCAAAUAUAAACUUUUGUGAGCCCUCGAAAGAGUUUAUUUAACUUAAUAAAUCCAACAAGGUUCUCUUUGACUAUGAUCUUCAAAAGCAUGAGAGCAUGAUCAAAAAGGAAGAAAAACCUAAUAAUAUUCACAACUUAAUUGACUUCAAUUAUAGUUAUCAGUCAUAAUUUACUCAACAGUCAACUUUAAACUAAAUAAGCAAAAUUGACACCUAAGUUAAAGCAAAUUAAGAACAUCAAAAUGAAGUCAAGAUAAGAAAAGAUGAGUAAUUUUUGAAUGAUUACAUCAUAGAUGAUGAUAACUACUUUGGAAAGCAAAGUAUUAUUAGAAAGCAAAGUGAAGAUGAGGUCAAUGAUCAUUCUUAGUCAAUUAAUCUAAGUGAAUACUUGGAAAAAGCUUAUGAUAGAUUUGCUCCAGAUUAUUAGAUAAGAAAUUCUUCAUCAGAUUCUUAAGAAUUAGAGUUUUCAGGUUUGAAAUGA